AUGUCGCGCUCCUCUCCUCUCCUCGCGCUCCUCCUCGUCUCCGCAUCCCUCUUCCUCGCCCCUUUGGCCGCCGCAGACGACGUCGCCGCCUCCCGCAACCUACACAUCCUCCCCGGCUCGCCCAUCUUUGCCAGCACCACCGCCUUUAACCCGGCGCUGACCAACCAGGGCGGCACGACGAAUUCGGCGGGCACGUUUGACGUCUCGCCCCUCGCCACCUCGACGUCGUACCAGUUCCAGCCCGCCAGCCAGACGACGUCGUUUGCCGUACAGUCGCCCAACUUUGCCACCCCAAACGCCGGCAACGCCGGCAGUGGCGGCGGCAGCGCAUCGGCACCGGGCGCGGCAGUGACCCAGACCGUGGUCCAGACUUCGCAGCAGACGAGCUUCUUCACCCCCUCGCCCACUGACGCCGCGAAUGGCCCCCAGAAUGGCGGCGUCGCCGCCGCCACGGCCUCGUCCGACGCCCAACAGCCCGUGCAGAGCAUCAACCUCGCACAGGACAACGCCGCAUCCGGCCACCUCGCCCAGGCCCAGGCGCAGUGGAAAACGUCGCUCUGCGCCGCCAUCGCCGUCGUCGGCGCUUCGAUGCUCGGCGUCGUCGUCGUCGCUUGA